CUGACUCGGACCAUCACCACUUCAGCUUUUUCUGUCAAGAAGCAUGUUUUCGCAUGUUCAGUCAGCUUAUCUUCCAUGAGAUCCCAAUGGUCCCAUGCCGCCAUUCCGCCUUAAACUAUCAUGUGCGUCGCGCCUGAUAACAACACGAGCACCAGUAUCACUAUGAAUCAAUGGUGUUUCCGUCAUUCGGGCUUCCGCUACGAGUCUCGGACUCUUCGGUCAUCGACGUCACGACUUAAAUAUCUACAGUAUGUAUGUCGGGGAAAUUUAUAUAUAUCAGUGGUCAGGUCUGACAGAAUUUUUGCUCAGCAGCGACUCAGCCUACUCCGCCAUCGCUUGUCCCAGCGCAGACGGAUCUGGCGUUCUCAAAAGACUUCUUAUGCCUUCCCAUUCCGAGACGACUCCGUUAUGACCCUGAUAAGCCGUUCCACUUCGGAAUGUUGCUCAAUGUGUCUUUUGGCAUAGGCAGUACUUUAGUUGUUGCCAACUUAUAUUAUUGUCAACCAAUUCUAAUUCAAUUAUCGGCUUCGUUCCAUGUCACGUAUGACGAAGUGGCAAGAAUACCAACGCUGGUUCAAGCUGGGUUUGGUAUCGGCCUCCUGUUCAUAACACCACUUGGUGACAUGCUUCGUCGGCGCCAAUUGAUAUUGCUCUUAGUUAUGCUUUCAACUUCCUUAACCAUAGGACUCGCCAUUACAAACAAACUUUUGGCGUUCGAGAUUAUCUCGUUUCUGAUUGGGUUGACGUCUGUCACUCCUCAAAUUAUCAUGCCACUUGCCGCUGAUCUCGCUCCUCCCGCCCGUCGCGGAUCAGCUAUCUCAGUUGUUCUGUCUGGGUUUCUGCUUGGCAUCCUCCUCGCGCGCGUACUGUCUGGCGUAGUGGCCGAUUUCACGAGUUGGCGAAUCGUGUACUGUAUGUCUAUCGGUAUCCAGAGUAUUGUCCUGUGUGGUGCAUAUCUGCUGCUUCCGGACUACCCAGUGAAGAACCGUGAUUUGUCAUACCUUGGCAUAUUUCGUUCAAUGGCGAAAUACAUCGUCGCCGAACCUCUCGUUGGCCAAAUCAUGCUGACAAGCUGGGCCGCCAGCGCGUGCUACACCAAUUGGUGGGUAACCCUCACGUUCCUACUUGGUGGACCACCAUAUAACUACUCCACCCUGAUCAUCGGCUUGUUUGGCCUUGUUGGGGUAUUGGGUGUAAUUACUGUGCCAUUCGUUGGUCGUCUUAUUGAUCGGCUUGCGCCGUGGUGGUCCGCUAUUGUUUCAACUGUGUUACUUUUGGCAUUCCAAGCAGUACAAACCGGUGCGGGAGGCAUAAACGUUGCUGCGGUCGCAAUCUCUUGCUUUGGAUUAGACCUGUUCCGCCAAACCCAAUCCAUAUCACUUUCUACGCGAAUGUUCAGCAUUUCAGAGACUGCGCGCUCGCGUUUGAACGCGCUGAUGAUCAUAUCAGUUUUUCUGGGUCAAAUUACUGGGACGUCUGUCGGUACUGACAUUUUUGUUGGAUAUGGCUGGCGUGCAGAUUCUGCGCUUUUCAUGGCUAUGUAUGUCUUCCAGCUCGCGGUGCUUCUCCUUAGAGGUCCCCAUUGUCCCGGGAAUCGGUGGUUUGGUUAUGAAGGUGGACUUGGAUUUUGGAAGAUGCCGCUGUCUAAGCAGUCCCAGUCAAUUGCGAGCGAUGACCCCGAGAAGGCAGGGGGCAGUCGCCUGGCUGUAGGAUGCGGCGAGAAGGGAGGCGUCGAAUGAGGCGAGGCUGAGUAGCUCCGCUGAUCUGAAGCCGAAACUUGACACGCGGUUGUACUGGACAUGUUAUAUGUUUGCAACAUGCAUACCGCCAGUUCACACUUUUAUGCUUUGGGUGUAGCUCCUGUAACGCAACAGAAUUUGUGUUGCUCCAGAUUGGUGCAAUUCUCUGCACUCUAUCACCUGACGCUUCGAUCAGGUUUUUAUAUCCUGUUAUUGGCAAGUCGUGGGGGCUUCGGAAUAAUUGUUCGCUGAAAGGCGCUCUAUGGUGCUGCUGUGCAUAUGGUCACAUUGCACGGUGGAUCGCUCCCAGACGCAUGUGCCAGAUGAGUCACCAUGCCUUCGACGAAUUCAGUCGCGGGGUUUGAUAUUAGUUCGUAAACUAUCACACCUGCACACUUUUGCGCUCAUGACCGUAUCAUAACGAC